CAAACAAAUAGUGCAAAUUAAUAACACCACCGGCGAUGAAAUGAGUAUUAACUGUGGAAUACCACAGGGUAGUAUUUUGGGUCCGUUAUCGUUCAUAUUAUACAUUAAUUCCAUAUGUGAUUUAAAAAUUAAUGGGCAAAUCAUAACUUAUGCUGAUGAUACAUGUCCAUUGUUUUCCGGGGUUGAGUGA